AAAACACGGAAGUGAAAUGUGAAAAAAAAAAAAGAAAGGGACCGUCGGAAAAGUCACAGGAGAUCACCGCUGUCUUCCCACAUGUCUCAGAAAUAUUUCGCUACCAGCCUUUCCAGAUAUCUUGAUGGAGAUUUCUGGCAGACCAAAGACACCCUGCGGGAGGAAAUUUCCAGAUGUGAGCUGUUCCAGCACAGCAGCUAUGACCUGACUCUGGAUCAGAGCAGAGAGCUGACUGUACACAGGUUGCACUUUGUCUUGAAACUCCCCCUAAUGAAACGCCAUCUCAGUGAUCAGGUUGCUGGAAGAAAGAAAGGUUUCAUAAGCAAGAGCCUGUGCAUCACAGAGCUGAUCUGUUCUGCAGAUAUGGCCACUGGAGUGAAGAUGGGAGUUGUGUGUGGACUAUAUGGUGGGGCUGUCACCAACCUAGGCAGUCCAGAGCAAGUGGAGAAAUUAUAUGUGCCUGUCACAGAGUUGGCAUUCACUGGGAUGUUUGCCAUGACAGAAAGAGGUCAUGGGAGUAAUGUGCGGGGCAUACUCACUGAGGCUCACUAUGACCCUUCAACACAGGAGUUUGUUAUCAACACACCUUGUGAAAAUGCACAGAAGAUGUACAUUGGAAAUGCAAUGAAAGGAAACUAUGCUGCUGUUUUUGCACAGCUCAUGAUUAACGGAGAAUGCCAUGGUCCUCACUGUUUCAUUGUGCCAAUACGAGACCAGAAUGGGGUCAUGUGUCUAGGAGUGACUGCAAUUGAUAUGGAACAUAAAGAAGGCCUACAUGGCGUUGACAAUGGUAUCUUGAUAUUUGAUCAUGUCAGGAUACCACGGGAAAACCUGCUGCACAAGUUUGGUUCAGUGUCAGCUGAUGGGCAGUACUCUUCUCCCAUUCAGAGUAAAGGCAGUCGCUUCAACGCCAUGCUCGCCGCUCUCACCCCGACCCGUCUGGCUCUCACUGUGCAGGCAAUGGCUGCCAUGAAGCUGGGACUCAUCAUAGCGGUGCGCUACAGUCACAGCCGCAGACAGUUUGGGCCAAAAAACCAAGAUGAGGUUAAAAUCAUUGAGCACCAGACUCAGUAUCUGAGGUUGAUGCCCCACCUGGCUGCUGUCCUUGCUCUCACCUUUACCACUAGACAUACUGCAGGGCUGAUGGAUGAAGCUCUGUGUCAGGGGCAGGAUCUGCAGAGUAACCGUCCCCUGCAGGCGUUGGUGGCUGGCCUCAAAGCCUACAGCACUUGGGCCAACGUGGCGUGCCUACAGGAAUGCCGCGAGUGUACCGGGGGCAUGGGCUUCAUGAUGGAGAACAGGAUCCCCUCUCUGAAGUGUGACUCGGAUGUCUUUGUGACUUUUGAAGGAGACAAUAUGGUCAUGCUGCAGGUGGUGGUUCGUGAACUUUUGAGCCAGUACUCCAGACAGGUUGGGAAAAGCAUGGUGUCUGGACUGAUCAAAAGCUGGACCAGUUAUGCCUCCGACAGCCUCAGAACCAGCUUUCCCAGUUUCUUUGUAGAUAAAGUAGGAGACCUGAGCUUCCUGCUGAAAGCCUUGAGCUACAGGGAGAGGGUCUUACAGCGUAGCCUUGCUGCACGCCUUUACACUAAGAUUGAUAAGAACAAAGAAGAGUUUUUCAGUGCCUGGAACUCGUGCUUGCAUCAUGUGACCGGCCUCGCCCUGGCACACAUACACAGAGUGACUUUGGAGCAGUUUGCGCUGGCAGUGCAAGAGUGCCAAGUGAACGAAGACCAAGCCUUGUUAAAGAAGUUCUGCCUUCUGCAUGGAACAAGUCUGGUGUAUCAGGAGCGAGGGUGGUAUCUGGAACACAACUACCUUAGUACCGGUGCUAGCAGACAGAUCCGCAGCCAGCUGUUGGAGUUGUGCAGGUCAGUGAAGGACGAUGCACUGAAGGUGGUGUCAGACUUCAACAUGCCUCCCUGUUGCAUCCAGGCACCCAUCGCCGGUGUGCCCAACUCCAGGGCACCUUGGGGCUUCUACCCACAGCCCGAGAGCCCCAUUCCCCAGCCCCAAAGCCAGCAGAGAGCCACAUCAAAGCUCUGAGGUAUAGAAAACCUACAUUCUGCGAACACUUGGAUUAAAUUGUACUGCUCCCUGUUUGUAAACUCGUUUUUCAAUUUCGCCUACAAUGGAUAACAUUAGGAUGUUUGGAAAGAUUAAAGAAAGAAUAGCACCUUAUUUGUCUUUUCAAAAAUGGGUUUUGGGUUUUGUGAUGUGAAUCUCUAUGCUUUAUGAUUUGCUUAUUCUGCCAAUAGCAAUGUUAUUAUAUAAAUCAAACAUUAUUAUUGAAGGUCUGUUAUUAUAGAUGGCUAUUUAUAUCUGGUCUUGUUUUUAAUAAAUAGAAGCAAUGUUAAGAUAAAGGCUCAAAUGUUUUAUAGCACUCUGAAAUCAUCUGUGUGAUAUAAAGUGCAGGGUAUUCAAACGUACAAAAAAAUGGGCCUAAAAGUGAAGCACAGCAACACUUAAUGUGUAAACACUUAUUUAACUUCCAUGUUCAUUAUCUGGUUCAUAUUAUGUUGAUAUUUUUAUUCUCAUUAUUCAUAGCCCGUGUUAAAAACUUUCAAAUGUACAUGCCAAUAAUGAAGAUACCACCUAAAUCUAUAGUUGGAAAGAUAAACAAAAUGGAAGGUUUAAAUAAAGCUUGCACUAUUAAUAUUCUAAUACAGAAUUACUGGUUUAAAAUAAAAAAAAUAAGAAAAAUAGCUCUUGCAUUGAUUCCUAACAUCAUUCAGUGAGGACGCUGGAUGUCUCUGGGAUUGCAGUGUCAAACAGAUUUACUUAGCUGAGUGAUGCUUAGUAUCACACUGAUCAUUCCUCUUGGUUGAGAGCCAUCUUUAGCUCGUCGUUUGUUGUUGUUAAUGAGUCAUUGCAACUCAUGAUGUCCAGUGUGACAUAGGCUCAGAGAUUCGCCCUGCAGCCAAACACCUGGCCCUCCAGUCCUCUCUACAGUUGUAUUUUGAUACAAAUCCAAAUCCUUGUUUGGAUCUCUUCCAGGUAGUCUUCCUAGUAAACCUUGAGUUUGGUGAUGAGUUACUUUGUAGACUCCCUGAGCAGGUCUGGUCUCGCCAGUUUCUACUAUGAGCUGAGAGAAACUGAGCUGGGAAGUCCAUUAAUUGCUCGUUAUGGGUGGUGACAAGCAGAACAGUAGGGUGGGGGUACUGUGUGUAUUCUCUCUCACGGAUUCCAACAUUACACUUAAUAAAAUGUCUAGUACUCAUAAGUCUUGGAGACGAGACUAGAGGUGUCCAAUCUUAUCUACAGUCAUCCUGUUUGGCUGGAGAUUUUUCUUGAAACCAAGCAAGAGCCAAAACUAGUCACAAACACCUAAUCUUGGCCUUUAAUUGACUAUCAGGUUUGGCUUCUGCUUGGCUGGAGCAACCAGCCCCUUGCAGAUAACCCCUGCCCUGGGAUGAAUAUGAAACAUCUUCAAAACAUCUUUAAGUCCAGUCACGUGGACCACUCAACAUUCACAAGUCCCUUAAUGUCUAGCAUAAUACACCAGUAACUCUUCUCUUGGUAGUUUCUAUAUUGUACCACUCCUUUCUUAGAACUGUUGAUCAGCAGCACAGGAUAUGGUUUAGAGCGCUGUCCCCAAUGCAAAUUCUGCAGUAACCCUGCACAUUUUUCAAAUUGACAGCUUUCCGUGUUAUGACACAUCAAAGUCAUUGGCUAAUGAGCUAAUGAUUAAGCUUUUGAGUAGAAGGAGAUGAGUUAGCAGAAGGGUGAGUGCAAAGACUCUGAAGCAAAAUAGAAAAACUGGUUUUACAGGCACCGUGGACAUGCCUUUAUAACUGUUGUCACCUUAUUUUUGAAUGUACAGUUUUAGUAUGUAUCAUUAUUCAGAAAGAGCCCACAGGGAAUUUACACAGUUGGUAAACCCUGUAUUAUACACUAAUAUACACUAUAUUAACAAAAGUAUGUGGACAUCUGACCAUCACACCCAUAUGUGCUUGUUGGAAAUCCCAUUCCAAGGCCAUGGGCAUUAAUAUGUAGUUGGUCCACCCUUUUGUUUGGGAUUUGUGCCAAUUCAUCCACAAGAGCUUUUAGUGAGGUUAGGGGCUGAAGUUGGGUGAGGAGGCCUGGUGCACAAUCGGCAUUCCAGUUAAGUUGAGGUCAGGGCUCUCUGGAGGCCACUUGACUUGACUUCUUCCAAUCCAUGUCUUUAUGGACCUUGCUUUGCGCACAGGGGCACUGUCAUGCUGGAACAGGUUUAGGUUCAGCCACAUAGUUCCAGUGAAAGGAAUACAGCAUACAAAGACUUUCAAGACAAUUAAAUAAGAAUGAUACACUAUAUAGCCAAAAGUUUGUGGACAGCUGACCAUCACACCCAUAUGUGGGCCUUCCCCAAUCUGUUGCCACAAAGCUGGAAGCACGCAACUGUUUGUUUACAUACAAAGACUGGAUUUCUUUGUUUGCUGCAGCAUUACACUUUCCCUUCCCUGGAAGUAAGAGGCCCAAACAUGUUCCAGAAUGACAGUGCCCCUGUGCACAAAGCAAGCUCCAUGAACAUAUGGUUCACCAAGGUUGGUGUAGAAGGUUGGUGUAGAGUGGGCUGCACAGAACCCUGAUCUCCACCCUAAAUGAACCCCACUAAUGCUCUUGUGGCUUAAUGGGCAAAUCCCCAGAAUCUAGUGGAAAGCCUUCCCAGAAGAGUGGAGGCUGUCAUAACAGCAAAGAGGGGACCAUCUCACUUUUAUUGCCCAUGGUUUUGGAAUAGGAUGUUCAACAAGCACAUAUGAUUGUGAUGGUCAGGUGACCACAGACUUUUGGCCAUAUAGUGCAUAACUAAUUAUAUAGUAUAAUACGUGCUGAUAUGCCAGUUUUCACAUUCCCAUUCAUCUAAAAGGAAGUGUAUAGUUUAUGCUAUUUAUAUACAUUCAUUUAAAGGUUCGUUUUGCAUAUUUCUACAAUAUGUUAAUUUUAUGCUUAUGUAAUGUGUAUUUUGCUUGCUGAACUUAUUAUUAGAACUUAAAGUAUUCGUCAAAUAACAGUCCUUUAUUGUUUUCACUACUUUUUCAACUACUGGCUGUCUUUAUGUUCUAAAUAGUUGUGUUACUAAAGGCAGCUAAAUGUUCUGUAAGGCAGAAUACUGAUGCCUGUGACUUACUGAAUGAGAUGAGUGAAUGCCCAUGCUAAAUUAGAAUGUAUUUGCCAAUAAUGAAAGCUGAUAUGCUUUAGAUAUUUAUCUUUACUCUAAUUACAUUUAAAUCUUUACUCCAGUUAAAUGGAAUAUUUUUAUAAUCCACCCCAAAGAGAGAGUUAUACACUGUCACCAUUCUUUAGACUGUCCUACUCCUGCAUUGGAGACAUUUCAACUGUUCAUUGACUUUGUCUGUAUGAAAUGUGAUGCUAUGUUGAUGGUACAUAAUAUUUUCCUAAAUGAACUCUAGAUGUUAUGUAACAAGCAACUGUAUGUACUAAGAGCUGCCAGUGUUCUUUAAGCACAAUGUUAUUAUUAAACAACCCUCGCAUGGUUUUUGCUUGUUAUUUUUUUCUCACCAUUAAAAAUCAUAUAGAAUUUUAAACCGUGUCUAUUUCUAAACCUGGUCUUUGCUUCUUGACUGCAGGAUAGACAUUCACUGGUGAUUAUGAUCAGUUUAUGUAUGAUAGAAGUGUU